AUGGAGCGAGUAAGGAAAACCUUCUUCGACCCGCUCGCAACAUCGAAAGCUCGGGUUCGAGAGAUCCUAAAGGAGCUUCCGGUCGGCUCUGCACACCCUUUUAGUCCCGAGCGACUUCUUCUUUGUCGGACAGACAGCGGCAUUGACGAAAUUGAUAUCUCCUCCUAUCCAGAUGACUUUUUCUUCAAUGCCGUGGACCUGGGUGAGAUGGGUGAGAUCCUUCUGAGGCGUAUGGCUGGUUUCCAGCCUCAUCUGGGGAUAUUCGAGAACUUCCAAAUCCUACAAGCACCAGCCUCGACGUUCAAGGUCCCGAUACUGUCCGGCCAAAUUACAAUCCUGGCAGUCUCUCAAAGAAAGCCCACUUACUACGAUUUCUGCUUCGCGGAUGCAUCAUGCAACACGUGUUGCUGGAACGCAACACGUACCUUUCCAGGAAUUACUCAUAGCAGCGAUGUCACCAAUGGAGAUGAUCUCCUACAUUUUGUCAAGAUCGAACAGGAGACUCUCGCAGAGAAAGAAAUCUGCGUGUUCAUAUCUGGCUACAAUCGGACCCCCAUAACAAAAUUCCUAGGAACCAACCCUGCGUUGCUUGUUGCCGAUCAUGUGGAAAAGGUCCUUUACAUCGUCCCGGUACCCUUGGAUGCUGCGACAAUUGGAGACGCAACCAUCUGUUGCCCACUGGUAAUAACGCGUGACGGGGACUCCCUAAUAUGUUCGAUUCUGUCAACAGCAACGACAGACCGAGAGAAAAGCUGCUCCGGUAACAAUUUCAAAAGCGCUUCCUUCCCCGAAGCAAUCCACCGCGCCGAUUUCACCAUCUCCGCCACUUCUCCAACUGCUACAAAAGAUACAGCUCCAAUGAACGACUCAGCCGAAGAGAAAACUAAUUCGAGUUCGGAAAGCCUGAGCAAGAUCACCAAAGAAAAUGCCGUGUUUACCACCGAUUUAGCCACUCUCCCUUCCUUCCUCGAUUUAGAAAAAGCACAAAUCAUACGUUUCGGGACUGGCAUUGAAUUCAAGCUACCCGGUGAAGAGCUUCCCACGAAGACUGAGCCAUCCGCAGUUGUUUUGCCAUGCAUAUUUGGUUCCCAGCUUCAGGGUCCAUUUCUUUUGGCAACAGGAACGGUCCCAUCAAAUGUUCCCUCUGUCGAUGAAAUUGCUAUCCGGGACUAUUACAAGCAACUCAAGAACGCCGUGGUUGUUGUCGACGACCGAAUGACAGAUAAUGCCCGCAAUCUUGCAACUACCUACAGAAUCAAUGCACUCUUCAUCGUGCAACUCAGUCCAGAAACCGAGCCCAAGACAACUGAUGAAAUCAUGUCUUUGUUGAACUCAGCGAACAUCAACGCGGUGACAGCACUCGCAGGACCACAGUCUUUGAUUCUAAUUCAAAUCUCCGAGAGGUAUUACUUCUACCGAGGCAUUGCUAAUCGGGCAUACAUGAACACGUCCACAGUCGAAUUUGGCUCCGAUGUGACAACCAUCCUCGAGGCUGUCGGUAUAGAAUCUAUCCUAGAUCCAAGAAUCGAGCGUAUUGUUACUCUCGGCGAUGCAAACAAGAUUAUCUUACCCACUUCAGGCCAGUUGAUCCAGCCUCAGAAUCUUCAGAACUUGUUCGAAGAGCUCUCAAUAGACCAAAUCAAAGAGCUGAAAGAGGACAUAUCGGCAGCAGUUCCCCAACUCCAAAUGCUUUUGAACGAGAAGGACCUACGAGAACUGUCCAAAUCCCUGGUACUUGCACUUUCAACAAAGAUCAGCGAAGCGACAGCUAUAUUGAGAAACACCUACACCAAGUACCUAACCCAGGGGUACAAAAUGACAGAUCCAGAGUGGGCAAAGACGAAGAAUUCAAUGCUUGGAAAUUUGAGAAAGGUUACCAGAGAGAUGCAGAUUGCGCUUGAGCCGCUCAUUUCGAGCUUGGCUAACAUGAUGUCUUCUCAAACGACUUCAAAGCGGACACACGAUUUGAAGAGACUUGUUCGCCAAACCCAGAUUCAGGCUAAUGUCGAGGCCGUUAAGUCCAUGACUUUUGACACUUUGGCAGGAUACCUUGAAACAUAUGCGGGAGAUAUGGGAGUCAUGCUAUUGAAUAUCGACACAUCGUCCUAUUCCCAGCUCUUGGACAAUCUGAAAAACACCGCCAUCGAUGCCAGUCCAUGCUGCGACCUUGACUCGAGAGUUCUACAUCUCGAAGGAUUCGACGCCGGAAUUAUCAUAGAGCAGUCGCAGGCCAACCACAAUGGCCCACUCCAAAGUCAGGACGGUCCCUCCCACCCAAUUUUGGCCCUACCAUACCUGAGCCGGGAAUCGGGAACCGGAUCGAUGUUAGCUUGGGUCUGUUGGGAUGAAUUUGUUAACCUCAAAAGUCCAUACACCGUGAGAUGGAUGGAGAAGUGCAAUGAAGCGCACAUUGCCGCGCUAAGAAUCAUCAUGAGGUCUACUCUCAGUAAAGCAGUGUCAGCUAGAGAGCAUCACAUUGAACCUAACAGCCCAGAAACUACCCAUCUUAUGAGCGCUUUGUUGAUGGCGGCUAUGUCGAAGCUCGCCGCGAUGAGGACAACUGCACCGGUUGUGUCACAGGAGGCCGGGGAUACUGUCACGAGAUUGAUGCGAGGACUUUUCGGCAACCUGUUGACAAUAGCAGGUUCAGGAGUCCGUCCUCACAGCAUGGUCUGGCAGCUGUUUGGCCUGAACCCUCAAUACGACCUUCCCAAGACCGAUGUUGAGUGGAUUUGGUACGAAACUGUCGUCGCUUUGUAUCCUUACACCGGAUGGCCUCUUGAGCAGUUCUACGAAAAUCUGGAGAAGCUCCUUGACAAGGCCAUUGUCCGUGUGGUGACCAAGAACGAAAAGGUGGAGUGCGUGAGAGCAAGCCGGACUGAUGAGAUGAUCAGGUUUUCCAAGCUUCGGAAUAUUCAGCUUCACCAUUCUCGCACAAUUAUCACUGUCUUCAUGCAAAUGCUUACGGCAGAGGGGUCUGAUAUCCCUACUAUCGCAACUCGUCUGCUAGAGCAGCUUCCACAACCGUUAGAGCGACAGAGUCAGGGCUAUACCAUGAUGAUCGAUUAUCUUGAACAUCUCGCGAAGGGAGGCCAACGAUGUGCCCAUGACGACCUCGUUGCCGCUAGCAUCUACACCUCGCGCUCAGCUGCCUUUGGCUCACUGAAGACCGAUGUGUCGGAAGCGUGUAAGAACAAAGAAUGGGCGAAGAUGAAGAAGUCCUGUCAAGCAAUCAUGGACAAACAUGCCGAAGUUGCUUCUCUGUGGCACGUCAACCCUGAUGUCUUGAAGGUUCAAAACAUGAAGGUGUACAAAGACCUUCUGGACGCAGACUUCGGGGACGAUAUUGACGAAGCUACAAAGACCAAGAAUCUUGAACUGAGCAGAAAGGCCCUUGGCGAUGCAGAGAAACAGCGCGUUCCUUGGCAAGUCGGGAAGAAAGGUCAAUUCGGCAAUGACAUUGAGCCUCUAGAUGAGGUCUUCCUUCACGAAAUUCUCACCGGAAAAAAGCCGGAAGCCAUCCCAGCCGUCGAGUCAGCUGAGCAAUCCGGGACAGAGACAACUGCCAUAAUAGAAACCAAACCAGGAGCUGAAUUCGCGCAAUUCGAAUCGUCAAUGCAGGCUAGCUUCAUUACUACGAUGCAGAAGGACCUUUCGGCCGAAAUUGUCUGCCGUAGCAUUAAUGUUCCUGCUACUGCAAUGCGCGUCUUCACUAAGGCUCUUAAUCCGAAGUUUGUGUGGGAGGACUUGGGGAAGAACUACAAGAGCACAAUUCUGGGGCUGUUGAAGAAUCGUUCGAAUCGGAUGGAGAGCCGCCCUACUAAGAAGUUGUUGGAGCUAGUGAGUGAUAACACGAAGCUUCAAAUUGGCGGGUGA